UGUGUUUAUAUGGAUGUAGCUUGUUGUAAUUAAAGAAAUGGAGACCACACCGAAGACAACCAAAUCAAAACCUGUGUACGGCACACCCUGCUAUUUAAAAUCAAGCCCAUGUGAAUCCAGUAGUGUGCAAAAGCCAAAACAGCAGAUGAGUUCUUCUCUGAAGGAACGACUGAAAAGAUCAAAACGUUCCUUCACCUCCCCUGUUUCCGUGGCCAAACGUCUUAACAUCGAUGAUGACCAACUACCCUCAACAGCAGACAAAGAGACCGAGCAUGGUGCCAAAACAGACAGACCGAAGAAUAUUGACAUCAACAGAAAUGAGAGCACGACCAGUGACUUUCCAGAGACCAGAAGGGCUGGGGUCCCUGGCCCCAUGCCUGAAUCAGCUCAACCCACUCAUAUAGACUUGCUACAACUACGAGACAAAUUGAAGAGAGAGGUUAAAGAAAGGACCGAGAGACUACGGCGACUGAAGAUGGUUAAAAUGUACAGAAGCAAGAAUGACCUGACACAGUUGAGAGUUUUGAUUGACAAGUGGCGGAGUUGUAGUCAGGCUGCAUUGUAUGAGCUCCAGUCAGAUCUCCCCAUAGAUGGCAGGAAAGCCAGCAUCUCCCAGCUAAUUGACCUCUUUGGUGUAGAGGACAGCAUACUGCACUUCAACCGCACAGAAGAGGACUUCACCAAUGCAUAGACCCACGUGCCUUCUGUUCAUAUUGUCACAAAUAAUAUUAAUUGUUGAUAUCAGAUUUAUCAUGCAGAUUUCCUGCCUUUGUUGAAUAGUCUAGAUUCAAUCUUAUGUACUGGAUGUUUUUCACCCUAAAUUUACUAUGAUCCACAAGUAAUUAGAGUGAAAAAAAUGUUAAUUUGCCACUUCAUCAGUUUAAUUUCAUACUGUUACCUACCAUAGUAAUUUAUAUUAGUUCUAUAUUUAAACAUGAAAGUCAGUUUGAAGUUUUGUUAAUUUAAAAAAAAAUAAAGUGUUUCCUAAAUGUGUCAGUUAUGUUUUAGCUGAGCGAGAGCGGGGAAGGACUUCAUCCUCAUGCGUUCCACCUCUGCCCUGAGGGUAGCCACCUCCUCAGCCUGGGCCCUGGCUAGCUCCACCAGCUUCUUCCUCUGGAUGAUCUCCUGGUACCUCUCCUCUGCAUCACUCUCAUGGUUCUCCUCCAUGGCUGAGCAGAGCAGCAAAUAGCAUCACAGUUCAUUAGAUGAUUCAGUGGAAGUGUUAUAGGAAAUGAGGCAUCAAGGGGCAAGUUAGGGGUUAAAAACAACAAUGCAAUGGAACAAUAUCCACCACAUGUACACAGUGAUGCCAAUAAAGCUCCUGGUAACAUCACAGUUGAAGUAAUGAUGUACCUAAAAUUGUGUAAACCUAUACUGCAAUGAAAUGUGUAAUUAUUACAGUACCUAUGGCUUCACAGAUGUGUCUCCUCUCAGCCACAGUCACUUGCAUGUUGGUCAGCUGCUCAUCCAGAGCAGAAUUCUUUGAUGCCUUCAUUGCUGCCUGUCUGUUCAGCUGCUUGAUCAACUUCUUACAGGUCAGCACAUUCUUUUGGUGAGUCUGAAAUACACAAACAUUAUAGCUGAUAUUUUAAGCAAUUGAAUAAAUGUAAUCGAUAUGAAAUUAUAUUAACUCUGUUCACAUUACCUUUUCCUGUAAUGUUAUGGUUUUCUCCAGAGUUGAAACCUGCUUUGAUAUGCGGUUGUCGUGAUCCGUCUCACUGAGAUACUUGGGGCAAUAAAGCUUUGUUUAAAUAAUGA